AUGCAUGUAUGGGUAGCACUUGCAAUUUUAAUUACGUUCGCUAAAGCAGAACAAGUCGAUCCACUUACAGAUAAAGAUCAUUUUAAGGCAGGCGAACACGACAGCAAAUUUGACCAUGAAGCUUUUCUUGGUAAAGACACAGCAGCUGAAUAUGACGAGUUAAGUCCUGAAAUAAGUAAAGAACGCCUUGCGAAAUUAAUUCCAAAAAUGGAUGUCAAUGGUGAUGGCUUCGUUGAGGAAUCAGAAUUGAAAGAUCAUAUAAAUUUCAUGCAACAGCGGUAUGUAAAUAAUGAUGUCGACCGAACUUGGAAAAAUUAUAAUGCUGAGAAGAUAAAAGAUGGAAAGAUUUCAUGGGACGAUUAUGUAGAAAUGGUUUAUGGAACUGUUGGUAAAGGCCAAGAGCUCAGUCCUGAAUACCAAAAAAUGAUGUCACGUGAUGAAAGGAGAUGGAAGAAAGCUGACUAUGAUUCCAAUGAGUUAUUGGACCGAACUGAGUAUGGUUGUUUCAUGCAUCCCGAAGAAUGUGAUCAUAUGCGUGACGUUGUUGUUCAGGAAACGCUGGAAGAUAUCGACAAGGACAAGAAUGGUUACGUGGAACUAGAUGAAUAUAUUGGCAAGUUUAUGAAUGCUUAUACUUGUGAUAUGUACAGACCAGAAGAUUAUCCAGAAUUAAGUGGCAAAGAACCCGAGUGGGUAGCGAGUGAACGACAAAUGUUCAAGGAACACAGAGACAAAAAUGGUGAUGGUAAGCUGGAUCAGGAGGAAAUGAAAGAAUGGAUAAUGCCCGUAGGCUUUGAUCAUGCUGACGCAGAAGCAAAACAUUUGAUUGGUAUAGCAGAUGAAGACAGAGAUGGGAAGCUGUCUGUAAAAGAAAUUUUGGACCACUAUGAUACAUUUGUUGGAUCACAAGCCACUGAUUAUGGUGAACAGCUACAUAAACAUGAUCCUUCUGAACUUUGA